CGGGGUAAAAGUUGAAAGUUCAUCCACAUCUGAAAACAGGAGACACGUGCAGUGUGAACGUUGUCAGUGCAGACGUCACAGCACCUGCAGCAAUGGCUGCUAUUUACUCAGGCAUCUAUUUGAAACUGAAGAGUCCUCAGACUCCAUGGGAAGACAAACUGAAGCUUGCACGAUUUGCCUGGAUCUCUUCUCAAUGUCUGCUCCCCAACAAGGAACAGGUGUUGUUGGACUGGUGCACUCAUGCUCUGACUGGCUGGUACAAUAAGAAGGUGGAGUUUUCUCAAACUGUUUUGGAUGGGCUAUGGUGUUACCUUGAUGACGUGAUUCAUAGCCAGAAGCUCCAUUCACUUCUCAAACAAAGCAAAACCGUCAGCCUGAGACUCAACAUGGCACAGCUUCUGCUCGACCGCCUUCAAGACCGUGCAGGAUAUGGGCCAGCAGUGUGUGUGUCCACUGUGCUGAGUGUGUGUCAGGGUAUCCUCUCCUCCUCUGCUCUCUCAUCAGUUUUCACCACCAAGUUUGAACUCCUGGUAGAUUUGGUGAACAAGCUCUGCUCUUUGGCCUGCUGUGAGCUACAGCAGCCACUGCAGACAGGAUCUGUUCAGUCCACCGUACAAUGUGAAACUGCUGUGCCAUGUGAACAUCAGAUGGAUGCUGAGUCUCUUCAUCUUCUGCCUGUGGGAGAUUCCCACCAAGUUGAUCCAGUCACUGAAAAUCCUCCACAUCAUCCAUUGUUAGAGUCCACUAAUUUUUCCUCCAAGGCAAAUGAAAACCCCCCUUCAGCGAAACUAUUUGAGGUGUUACAUCAGGCACUGGCAUGUUAUCUUUCAGUUCAACGACAACAAGCUAAUCCUAACAGAGUAUUCACUGUGGUGACCAACCAGCUAUUCCAGCCUUUAAUACUACUCAGACACCUUCUCACCUCAGGAGAGUCACAGCUGCCUGUCCCUCAGCAGCUGUGCAGAGACAUUCGUGUCAAGAUUGACAAUGUCCUGCAGUUAGCUCUCUUCCCACCUGAGCUCCUGAAUCCUUACAAUGACGAACUUCUACCAUCUAAAGAGGAUGCUGGGAAACGGAGCUCUGGAGGGUCAAAAGGCCCCCUGAGGCCAGCUAGUGCUGUAAUCAGCCGACUGACUGCUCAGAGCUGCUGUGAGCCACAGCUCCACUACUCUGUGAAGUCAAACACUGUGUCUCUGCUUUUCAAGUUCUUCCUAGAAAGCUAUGGAAAAGGAAGAGGAGAAAGCGAGGAGGAGCACAGGAUGUUGUGUUUCUACUUUCUCUCCAGACUGGCCUCUGUUUUAGAUUUAGGUCUUGAUACACGCUCACUUUCUCUUGCUAAAGUAGACCAGCCACUGUCUGAGUCCGCCUGUUCCCCAGAGAACUGGAGCCUGGCCCUGCUGGCUGUCGAGUCUCUGCUAAAUCAGGCUCUGUCAGCUGACAUUUACAACGUAGCAGCAGAUAGAAUAAGACAUGGAGAGGUUCAGCUGAGAUUUUACAGAGCCCUGGGACAAUUGCUUUUCAAUCAGGCCCAGCCAAGCAUCCCGGCUUGGUACCGCUGCUUGAAAGUGAUGUUGAGUUUGAACCAUCUGAUUCUUGAACCGGAUCUGGACCAGCUGUUGUCGUCAGCCUGGGUCAAUGCGGAUUGCAUUGAAGGACGAGUGCAGAAGGCCAGGCAGGUCAUGGUGUGCAGUCUCCUCCGGACAUACACUAAGCUUCGUCAGCUGCCGCGUCUCUUCUCAGAGCUCUUGUCUGUUAUCUGUCAACCCGCUCUGGACGAGCUCCGACCUCCUCUACUGUCUGACGAGGUUACCGCCUCCCUCCAGAGCUGUCUUUUGGACACUCCUCCUUCCCAAGCCACAGAGGUCUGUUCUUUAGUCUUGGAGAGCAUCAGGAAGUAUAUACUGCCUGACCUAGUGAAGGAUAAGAUGAACAUCGACGAUAGAGAAAAUAUGUUUGAUGGAGGGAAAAAGGAUUCAUCCCUGAAGCUCUUUUCCCUCAGCCAGCUUCUUCAUACUCUUUUAUUUAAUCUGAAGACUCUGGACAAUGCCUCUCCUCUUCCCUUAGUCAGACAGAGUCAAAGACUGAUGGAGGAGAUGCAGCAGAUUGUCAAGGAGUUAUUGCAACUGUUUACAGAGAAGAAGGAUGAGAAAAUACAAAUAGGUUCAGGCCCAAAAACACCAAAGACAGGCAAAAAGGCACCAGACAGCAAAGACUUACAGAACGAUACAGAAACGAAUAAUCUAUGGAAACAAAAGACUCAGGAGGCUUGUCUCCUCCUCAAAUACACCUGGGUGGAGGUGGACACACUCUUCCACAUCCACUGCAGCAAAUACACUUCUCUUGACUCAGCUCUCACAAGUGACCCUAAAGCUCCAGUCCUGGUUCACAUUGAAGGUCUUCUCUCUGGUGAAAUUAGCUCUGUGAUUUCCAGUAGCCCUAUGAGUUGUUUGCUGUUCAAGCUUCUCACUUUGCAACAGAUUAAGAAAGUCUUGUUAGACUCCACCUUACUUGCUGAACACAGUACUGCAGUGCUGCUAACCAGGGCAGCCCAGUUUAUUUUAGGCAAAGACAAGUUUGAGUUGAGUGUAGGUGUAGAGCAGGAAUGGGACGGGCAGGUGGGCAGUGUUAACACCAGCUCCUACCAGGUUGCACACUGGUAUCUUGUCACCUCAAAUUUGCCUUUGAUAGUUCCCUACCUAAGCAGGGAAGAUGUUGAAUCCAUAGCAGAAGUACUCCUCAGCUCACUUCUUAUGAGACACACAGAUGGAGACCAAGACCAGUUGUCCAGCCGUCUGACCGUCUCCCUCAUAUCUUCACAGCUUCUCCAAAGCCCCAUUCUCCCAGAGCUGCCUUCACUGUUCUCUGCCAUGGUUCAGUGUCUCACACAAAGGAUUACUGGUCUCCUCAUGGCAGCACAUAAAAAUAAGGCUUGUGCUGCAUUUCAGGAGAAAGGAGCUAACGCCAGUCAGGCUCUGUUGGAAAAAGAGGCUUUAGUUAAGGAUAUAUUGGCAUCCUCUAAGAAUGGAGAAGUGUCUGUGCUGCUUAGUGACUCACAGACACAGGAGAUAUUAAACCUACUCCAAAUUUUAACAAGCCUCAACCCAGAUGGGAUGAAAACUGAUGACAUGUCAUCUCUUUUUCUCCUUCUCUUUUUCAUGUUCACCUCUACUUCCACUCAGCAAAACAUAGCCAUGGACAUGGAUAAUGGGGAUGGAAAUCCUGCUGGAUUCCUUAGAAAGCUUCUUAGAAUUCUGGCUUGUCUCCUGGAGGGUAGAAACUUCCAGACUGUUUUGAAGCUGGUUCAUGGUGGGACUCUGCUGCAGGCCACUGUGUCUUCACUUCUUGUUCAUAGGUUUGGAUCUGCAAGCAGCUCAGAUUGGUUGGAUUUAGUCAAAGCUGUACAGGGCUUCAUCAGGUCUUUGGUCCAGUUGAUUAUAAUGAGAAAUAGCAGUGUUCGUCUCAACCUGGACCAGUUUGCGUCCUAUCUUACCAGUAAGGAUGUAACAGACAGGUAUGCUAUAGCUCCCAGUGUAACAGUGGUGGAUAUUUCAGGUAAAUUAGAUGUGAGAGACUCCAUCUUGUCUAUUCAUCUCCUGCUGGCAUCACUGACCACUUUUUCUCAAGCAAUGACAAAUGCUUUAGGAAGGAACAAACCGCUGGAUCAAACACUGACUCAAAUGCUCACAAGAACAACUGCAACAUUGGGACAAGCCAUCGAGUCCAUCCUAAAACCGCAAACUGACAUCCAGCCAACCAGCAUCCUUGGUCAGGCCUUCAUAGUGGAGGUUGUCACCGUCAUGCUGCAGUGUGAACUGUCCUUACUGUCACUGGAGGAUGAGAACAAACAGGGCCACAGCCUUGGUCACAUGGGGCUCUAUCGGAGCUUCAGCCAACAGAUCCUCAAAGAAAUAAGCUCUGCCCCCAGGCCCACUGACUUCCUUGUUUCGUCUCUCCGUUUCCUGUCUGCUUUUUACUCAGCAGUGGAGAGGACAAGAGGAGAUGAGGAGACAGAAAGAAAGGAACUGGAUGAGCUGUACAUGCAGAUACUGCAGGCUGUGCACCACCUCCUGACAGCUCACUGGUUGGGUUCACAUGAUCUCUGUGAACUGGAGCCAGUUGUGCAGGAGCUCCUCCACCACCUGGUGGAAAAAAGCACAACAGGCCAGUUCAACCUGCUGCUGCUGCUGAUCAAAGAUGGACUGGACAUUGGGAAACUGAGGGCUGAAAAGUACAGGGAGGUGUUAUCUGCAGUCAUCAUCAUUAAGAUGCUAUCCUGCUGUCCCUUACCUGAGUCCUGCUCUAAAGCUUUGUGGCUCAGUGCACCCCAGAUUAUAUCUGCAAUGAUGUUCUUGGUAAGAUCAUCCAGUCAGGACAUCUCUCUUACGCUCCCCUUCACCGUGCCCACAGUGAUGGCAAUGACAUCACUGCUGCGACAGGGGGAGGGGCUAAUUUCCAACCCUCAUCAUGUGACCCUGGUCUUUGGAGCGCUUCAGGCAGUACCUCUGGACCGCUUGACUCCAACCGUCUACCAGUCUGCGUUCCUGGCUGUUCAUGAGGCUCUGUUUGCUGUCAUUCAGUGUCACCCUCAGGUGAUGCUGAAUGCAGCUCCUUCAUUUUUAAAUGUCUUUUAUCGACUGGUGGCUUCCAUCAUGCAGGAGGGUCGACAGAGAAAGGACAAUGACACAGAUGGUGAUGUGUAUCAGCAGUGCUCCAGACUGAUUGAGAGGAUGUACUCUCAUAUUGCUGCCACAGCUGAGAGCUUCACCACACUGUCAGCCUUCAUGGUGGCCCAGUACGUCACCGAACUACAAAAGGUGACUUUGCGAUCAGACAUUAAGCUGCAUCUGACAGAGGGCAUUUAUCGGAUACUGGACCUGUGUCUGGAGCAGGAUAUCAAGUUUCUGACGGCUGGUCUGCAGAUGGGAGUCAGAGAAGUGUUCAAUGAGCUGUACAGCAGUUACACCCAUUACCACAAAGCACAGCGGCAAGGAGAAGACAAGUACACAGUCUGAACUGUAAACAAAGUGUCCACCCUUCAGGAAAGUAGAGGACAAUUCCCGAAUAUGGAAAAAUUAUAGAAGGACUGUGUUGAUGUGAAAAUAUUUAUAUAAUUUUUGCAUCAAAUAAAUACACGGUUUAUAUGCAGACACUGGGGGAAAUACCCUGCAA